GCGGAGGCGGUCCGUUGGGUUCCGGCGCCCCCAGGCGGGGGAAGCGCUCGGCGGGGCUGGCUGGCAAGUGCGGGCGGGCGGCGUUCCCGCCCCGGCGGGGCCCGCGGCGGCGUUUCACCCGCUCCGGGGCCGCGGUCCCUCGCCCCGGGGCCGGGACCCCCCUCGCUCUGUGGCCGGGACUAACCCCCCCCCCCCCACCCCGCCUCCUGCGGAGCCGGGUCCCCCCUGCGGCAGGGCCGGGCCGCCCGGUUUAGAGCCGUGCGCCCUCCUUUUCUAUCGCCCUGCGCCGCCGCAGUCCCCUCCUGCCGCCCGGGCCAGCACCGGGGUCGGCUGCCCGCUGUUGUGGCUCGGCCCUGGCUCCAGCCGCUGCCGUGAGCCCCCCCGGUGCCCUCGCCGAGGCCUGCUGGGGAGCGCCCCAGGGGCACCCUGGCUGGUUCAGGGCUUGGGGCGGCGCGGGGGGCAUCUCUGUGCUCCCACCAUGCCGUCCGGAAAGGGUGGCGGGAAGGAGGCCUUGGUGCUGCAGUGUGAGUGGGAGGUUUGCACCUAUGUGGCCUCGAAGAUGGAGGAGUUCUGUCAGCAUGUGGCCCAGCACUUGCAGCAGCAUCUUCCCGGAGAAAACCGGGAGGAGGUGGACCCCCUUGAGGAAUACACGUGUCUGUGGCAGGAAUGUGGUUUCUGCUCGCCGGAGAGCUCAGCUGACCUCACCCGCCACGUCUACUUCCACUGCUACCACACCAAGCUGAAGCAGUGGGGGCUCCGGGCCCUGCAGAGCCAGUCAGAUGUGAGCCAUUGCCAGCUGGAUUUCCAGAGCCGCAACAUCAUCCCCGAGAUCCAGGAGAACUUCCUGUGUCUGUGGGAGUACUGUGAGAGGUCAUUUGAUAAUCCCGAGUGGUUCUAUCGGCACGUGGAGGAUCACAGUUUCUGUUCCGAGUACAAGGCAGCAGGGAAGGAGAACCACGUGGUCCUCUGUGGCUGGAAAGACUGCGACUGCACCUUCAAAGGGCGCUGCAAGCUGCGGGAGCACCUGCGCAGCCACACGCAGGAGAAGGUGGUGGCCUGUCCUACCUGCGGGGGGAUGUUUGCCAACAACACCAAGUUCUUCGACCACAUCCGCCGACAGACUGCACUGGACCAGCAGAGGUUUCAGUGUUCUCACUGCUCCAAGAGGUUUGCCACAGAGAGGCUGCUCCGUGACCACAUGAGGAACCAUGUGAACCAUUACAAGUGCCCUCUGUGUGACAUGACCUGCCCGUUGCCCUCCUCCCUACGCAAUCACAUUCGUUUCCGGCACAGCGAGGAGCGGCCGUUCAAGUGUGACUACUGUGACUACAGCUGCAAGAAUCUCAUUGACUUGAGGAAACAUCUGGACACACACAGCAAAGAGCCAGCCUAUCGCUGCGAGUUCGAGGCUUGUAGCUUCACUGCACGUUCCCUCUGCUCCAUCAAACUGCACUACCGGAAAGUCCAUGAGGGUGAUUCAGAGCCCCGGUACAAGUGCCACGUCUGCGACAAGUGCUUCACGCGUGGGAACAACCUCACAGUGCACCUCAGGAAGAAACACCAGUUCAAAUGGCCCUCGGGGCAUCCUCGCUUCAGGUACAAGGAACAUGAGGACGGCUACAUGAGGCUGCAGCUGGUGCGCUACGAGAGCGUGGAGCUGACAGAGCAGCUACUGAAGGACCGUGAGAAGCAAGGAGAGGCACUGGAUGGCUCAGCUGAGUGUGUGGUGCUCUCUGAGGGUGAGGGCAACCUUCAGGCCAUCAUUCUGGAGGCCCCAGCAGGGGCUCCGCCAGUGGAGAGCAGUGACACUGAGCCGCAAGCGGCCCCGCUGCGCCCUGCGGCUUACGCUGCUGGCAACCCCGAGCCAGCAGGGCCGAGUGCCUUCCCAGGAGCAACGCUGUCCUCAGAGCAAGAACCCAGCACCCCAGCCAACCCCAUUAUCCGUGUGGUGAACCGGACCAACGAGCAUGGGGAGAGUGAGACUGUGUACUAUGUCAUGGCCAGCGCGUCCUCUGAGGAGCGGGCAGCAGUGCCUGGUGGGCUGGCUGUGGAGCUGGAGGAGAACGUCAUGGACCGUCUGCAGAAGACAGCUGAGGAGCUGGGCAUCCAGAUUGUGUGAGGUGCUCAUCUGCCUCCCUGCAUGUGGAAAACCCAGGCCUCUGUGGGAUGCGCUGGUGGGGAAGGUUGUGAGAUGCUGGGGGAGAGGGCAGGUCUCCUCCCAUAUGCGGCUGGCUCGCUUCCUGCUCUGUUGCCCCAGCCUCACUGGCUGCCAGUUGUGGUCAGAGUGGGGAGGUGGGAAGGGCUGGUCUCAGCUGGCAGACAAGAGACUUGAGUUGGGAAGAGCCAAGGAUUUGAGGAUCAGGGGCAAGCCUCUCCCACUCCUUCAGGAGGUUCAGUCUUUGCCUGGCCCAGGCCUUUCCUGCCUGAUUGCUCACUGGUGAUGUGGUCCCUGCUGCUGUGCAGUCAAGUUGUCAGGUCUUCCUGAGCCUGGUCCUCGGUCAGGAUCUCCCCAGGCAGGGAGGCGUGCUGAGCAGACGCAGCAGGUGAGACGUGUGGCCCUCAGGCCUGUUCUCCCCCAUACCUUGUUUUCCAAGGUUUGGGGUGCCCCACUUCUCCUUCUGUCAGCACUUCCCUUCAGGACAUCUCUCCUAGCUCACUCAGCCAGUGCUGUUGGCGGUGUUGGCACCACUGAUCCCCUCAUACCGCACUGAUGUCUGUGGGAGGAGAAGGCUGGAUGUGCUGCUCCUUACAGACUGCUGAUUCCCUGCAGCGCUGGGGCUUUGGGGGCUUCCCAACGCUUUUGUUCUUCCUUGAGUUUCCUCCCCACAUUGGGGAUUGGGCUCCUGAUCAGGCAAAGUGUACUUGCGAGUGACAAAUAAAAGCUGGACUGCCAGGCCA